AAUGCUCCGAUCGUGCCAGGCGCACUGGCAGGAAUGCAGGCUCUGCACAACGACACGGGCAAGCUUCCCUGGAAGGACGUCUUUCAGCCAGCUAUCCGCCUGGCAAAGGAAGGCUUCACCAUUGGACCCAACCUGGCCGCUGCCCUGGCUAACAACGAGAAUGUACUCAAUCUAUCGCCUGCCCUGAGGAAGCGAUUCUCCAACAGCGCGACCGGUGCCCUGCUGCAAAGCGGAGACAAGCUCGUGCAGACGCAACUCGCCGAUCUGCUGACCAAGCUGGCCGAAGAGGGCGCGGGGUACCUGUACGAAAAAGAACUCGCCGAGGAGAUCGAAACGAACAUUUCAAGUGCAGGCGGGUCUCUCAAGAAAAGCGACCUGUCCGACUACAAGCCUCUCUGGCUGGAUCCAGUAUCGGCCAAGAUAGGGGAGGGUCAGCACAUACACUCGGCACCCAUUCCAGGCGCCGGCGUUGUUCUAGCGGUGGCCGUCCACCAGAUAAAAGUCAAGUAA